AUGUCGAAAAAAAAGAAGCUGAACGGGAAUGGAGGCAGUCAGGCAGCAGUGGUGGAAAAUACCGUUUCCACGGAUCUUCGAAGAAGAAAUCAGUCCAAGGAAUGGAAAGCUGGGCCAGCGGCCCCACAGCACACCCUCAGACAAGCGAGCCAAUUGCAGAACAAAUACAAUCAACGGUGCUCCCAAAAGAAGUAUUUUAUCAGAUUGGCAAAAUCUCUUGAAAAGACGGAGAUAAAACUGAGGGGAUCAGUUGCUAAAAACCUCAAGCUGGUUUCUGAGGAACUACGGCGAGGAACCAGCCUGACAUUGUUAUUACAACAACAGGGAGAGCUCGAUGAACUACCGUUUGAGCAGGAAAUUUUGAAAUUCUGUCGUGUUUGUCGUAAUAGCCUGACCACAUUGAUCUUAUCGGUUGGCCAUGACAUGGACGAGCUCGGAAGAGCCCUGGGAGGAGAUCCAAAAUUCAUCACCACAAGCUCUGUGGAUAUGCGAGUUGCCGAAUUGGAUUUAGUGAGCAUUGAUCAGAAACUAAUGGAUAAUGAAAGCCAAAUUGGGUGGCUAGAAACGAUUAUUUCCACAGCAUCGUCGAACUCGGUGGACGUGCCUCGCACGCAGCAUCUCAUAUAUGCCAAUGACAUGGCGCGAAAGAUACAUCUACGCCUUCUGUCUCUCAAGCAUCGCCUAGUAUUCUACUUUUGUGACACUGUGGAGGUCAUCAAUCGUAUAUCUUUCGCUCGAGUCAAGACGCUCUAUGAAACAAAUGAAAAAGCCCUGGCGCGUCUACAACAAGCAGUGUCCAUUCUACAAAAAGUACUAUCCACGUUAGGAUUGAUGAUUGUGCGAAAGCGACUUGCAAAUCAACCGGAUCCGUUUACUUUUAAAGUUGUUGCGAGCACGACGGGAUCGAGUGCUGGCAACUCAGCUGAUGAAAGCGAGGUUAGAUUUGCUGAGCGUGACGAAAAUGUUUCUCUCACAUCUCUGGAGAGCUCAAGCAAUUUUGUCCAAGUCGUCCCAUCACAGGGAGCAUCUACGUCGCAGGAGGACAUCCACUUUUCUGAUCUUACUCAUUCUGAUGCUGUCGACGAAAGCGAUGGGUUUGAUAAGAGCGAAUUUGUUGCUCAAAGGCAAAUGGAAGAAUCCGAAAAUGACGGGGAUGUCGAAUCUAUGGAACAUGAGGUCUCAGCUAAAACGACGCCAGAUAUUGAGCCGAACCCUAGCGUGCAAAGUGAAGACACAAACACCAACAAUACCGCAGAAUUCGUUGUCGAGAGUAUCGCUCGGCCUACUGAAUCACAAGAAGAACAGAUGAGCAUUGAGAGCCAGCAAGGAAGGCUAAAUGUUCACCUUGGAGAAGGCAGUCCAAUGACUCCAGCUACCGAAGGAUCGCCAAAGUCGAUGGUUGUUAGGCUGUAUACUGGUAUUUCUCAAGUUUUGACAAAAUCUGCUCAGUCUGCGAAAAACGUUAUAUCCAACGCAGAGUCAUUCCUGGCCACUGGGGCAGCAGAUCUUGACCUAAGCACUAACGACGAAGUGGUUGUUCCACCCCCCGUUGCUCCACUGAAUACUGUAUCCAAAGCCAAAAAGCACGUGGAUAGUCCCCACAAGGACGCUCGCCCACUGGCAAAGCGGAUCAGACUGUCGUUGCCUGCAGAACCGGUUGCAGUUCCACGAGCAUCUUCCGUAGGUCCCUCCGUCAUCCCGCCUUCCGUGGAGCCGCCUGUUCGACGCGAAAUCGUGGUAUCAGAUCACUCCGGAAGACGUGCGGGCCCUUCAAGAACCCAUAAAACCGCUCAACCAUUGAAGCUGGUGAAAAGAAAGGCGUCCCCCGAACUGCAUCUUGUAGCACCAGAAGGAGAACAGCAAGACGAAUCCCUCCGGAAGGUACUACGUCGUUUAUUUGAGAUCGUUCAGAAGUAA